UUUUAAACACAUAUAUAUCUUCCACAGAAAAACAAAAUAACAGAAAAAUGGAAUAGAUUUUCUCUCCAAGAUCCAAAUUUUCCAUUUCCAGAACUUCACCAGAAAAACGGAAAACAGAAACCCACCACCAAUCACUGCGCUUUCCCUUUUUCCCGGCAAAUUCAUACUCUUUCUUCUUUCCACACUGUUUUUCAAACUCCAGUAGUUGAUCACGAGUUUUCUUAUUUUAACAACUCUGUUAGAGCCCAGAUUUCAUUUCUCCGGAAAGUGGAUUUCUCCUUCAGAAUCUGUUUAUUCAGCUAGCUUCUGCAUUCCUUCCCUGAAGGUCUCUAUCUGUUUCAUGUAUUAUUGGCAACUCAGGAUCCAAUAAACAACACACGAGUUUCAAUUGUUACAUUGCUGCUCAUAUUCCUUGUGAAUAUACAGAUACAACUGUAAAUAGAAUGGGAAUCAUUUCACGAAGUAUGGUUGCUAAAAAACCAAAUGAGACAACAAGGCUUUUUAUAACAACUUUUCUUGGAGUAGGUUUUGGCUUCUUGAUAGGGGUAUCUUUUCCAUCAUUAUCAUUAUCUAAGCUGAAUAUCUCAUCCAGCCUUCUUUCUUCUGUUGAUUUCUCAUACAUUGAUAACAGAAAAUUAGGCUUGCCCACUGAAACCCCAUCCAGUUCUCAGUAUUCAAGAAAGGCUGAUAAUAACAACAGAAAUCAAGCGCAAAAUCUGAAUGACACAUCAAAGAUUUGGGUCCCUUCAAAUCCCCGUGGUGCAGAAAGACUGCCGCCAGGAAUAAUUGCGGCUGAGUCAGAUUUCUAUUUACGUAGAUUGUGGGGUAAGCCUAGCGAGGACUUGACCAGCACUCCAAAAUAUCUUGUAACCUUCACUGUUGGUUAUGAUCAGAGGAAAAAUAUUGAUGCAAAUGUUAAAAAGUUUUCAGAGAACUUUACAGUCCUUUUAUUCCAUUACGAUGGACGGGUGAGUGAAUGGGAUGAAUUUGAGUGGUCCAAGCAGGCUAUUCAUGUGAGUGCUCGUAAGCAAACCAAAUGGUGGUAUGCCAAGCGUUUUCUGCAUCCUGAUAUUGUUGCGCCAUAUGACUACAUAUUUAUCUGGGAUGAGGACCUGGGAGUUGAGCAUUUUAAUGCAGAAGAAUAUAUAAAACUAGUGAAGAAGCAUGGCUUGGAGAUUUCACAGCCUGGUUUAGACCCUAACAAAGGAUUAACCUGGCAGAUGACAAAGAGAAGAGGUGAUCGUGAAGUUCACAAAAUAACAGAAGAGAGACCAGGCUGGUGCACUGACCCACAUCUACCACCCUGUGCAGCUUUUGUUGAGAUCAUGGCUACAGUGUUUUCACGAAAUGCAUGGCGCUGUGUGUGGCAUAUGAUUCAGAAUGACUUGGUCCAUGGAUGGGGUCUUGACUUCGCCGUUAGAAAAUGUGUAGAGCCUGCUCAUGAGAAGAUAGGAGUUGUAGAUUCUCAAUGGAUUGUUCAUCAAACUAUUCCCUCGCUUGGAAACCAGGGUGAGUCACAAAAUGGGAAGGCACCAUGGCAAACGGUGAGAGAGAGGUGCAGAAAGGAGUGGACUAUGUUCCAAAACCGGAUGACAAAUGCAGAAGAAGCAUAUUUUAGAUCAAAGGCAAUUGAAUCUUCCAAUUCCACAGUUCAUUAGCCAGACAGCAAUUACAGAAGCUGGGUGUACACUAGCAUCUUUACACAUACAUAUGUAGAAUUUAUUCUUGUAAUAAUAACAGUUAUUUAUUUACUAAAUAA